AUGCUAGCCAGGAGAGAGAAUAUCGAACCAUGUCAUACCAAUACCUGCCAAUGGAUUUUGGAUUCGGAAAAGUACCAAUCUUGGAAGAGAGAAUCCCGCGGUCUUCUAUGGAUUAAGGGCAAACCGGGUGCGGGCAAAUCGACAUUGAUGGCAUUCUUACACGGCAAACUCGAGAAUUUACAAAACGAUAGCCAGGGCAUCCAGCUCGACUUUUUCUUUACUGCCCGAGGCACGGAGAUGCAGCGUACACCAUUAGGUAUGCUUAGAUCUUUACUGAAUCAAGUAUUUGAUCGCGAUGCGACCGUACGCCCUCAGAUACGCGAGGCCUAUGAACAACGGUGUAGGCAGUUUGGGUACCAUGAAAGUCAGUGGGAAUGGCCACGACUAGUACUAGAAGAGUUACUGGCUAGUGUCAUCCUCGCAUCCGCUAAUCGACAGCAUGUGACAGUGUUUGUCGAUGCCCUAGAUGAGGCCGGAGCUGAGUCUGCUCAACAAGUUGCGGCGUAUUUCCAUCGACUUAUUGACCGAGCAGAAACAAAGAACGCUGCUAUUCGAAUCUGCAUCUCAUGUCGACACUAUCCUAUCGUAGGAGGUGCCCAGGCUGUGGAAAUACAUAUCGAACAGUAUAAUCGAGAAGACAUCGCUACAUAUAUCAAUGAUACACUUAUUGAGACAGAAGUUAAAGACGACACUAGCGAAGAUAUAAGACAGACUUUGGUGAAACAACUGAUCCAGCAAGCCAAUGGUGUGUUCCAAUGGGCUCGUCUCAUCAUACCUCUAACCCGGCAGAGGAUUCUAGAAGGAGAAUCAGUCGACGACAUCUAUUGCUGGUUACGCAAGGUCCCGGCCGGCCUGGAAGAUAUAUAUCAAUAUAUUCUAAACGAAGUGAUAGAGGUGCGAAACUUGGAGCAAUCUUUUCUACUGUUUCAAUGGGUGUCUCUAGCCGAGCGUCCACUAACGGUGAGAGAAAUGCGGUAUGCCUUGGCAGGCAAUAAUGCCCAAAUAACGCGUGCCCCAAAAACAUGGGAGAAGAUCAACGGCUUUGUUGAAAGCGACGAGCGUAUGAAGCGAAAGAUCAAGGCCCUUUCUGGGGGUCUAGCAGAAAUCGUCUCAAGCGGAGCUUCGAACGAAAUUGUCCAGGUGGUACAUCAGUCGGUCAAUGAUUUCUUGCGCGCGAAAGGGCUAGCUGCUUUAAGUGAUAAUAUCGGCGCCAGCAGUCCGGUCCCAGAAAGAGAAACGAUCAUUUUGCAAUGUCAGGCAAAUCUCUACCGAUCUUGUCUUGUGUACCUGGCCUUACUCCCUAUACGUGGGGAUAUCUCAGGGGAUUCACAGGGGAAGAAAGGAGACCUUAUCCGGAACAACCCUUUACUGGCUUAUGCCACUGCCAACCUCUUUAUUCAUGCGGAAAAAGCCGCCUACUGUCGUGUCCUUACACUACUGAAUGAACAAGAUAUCCUACAGCAAGUAUUAGACCGAUGGGUCCAGAUUUACCAGAUCCUCGACCAAUAUGACCCAGCUUGCCCACCGGAGGGAACUACAAUCAUUCAUAUGGCGGCAGCCGCAAAUCUCGUUGAUAUCAUAGAGCGUAUGUCUCUAGACAGCGAGAACAGCGAGGAUCUCGCGACAAAAGACGCAAAUGGAAACACAGCUUUCCAUUUAGCAGCGCGAUACGGUCAUGUGAUAGUGGGAAGGAUUUUACGUGAGAAAGCAGUGGAUUGUGAUCUAACGAAUGGUCAAGGGAAAACACCACUGACUGAGGCGGCUAGCUAUGGGCAUACGGAUUUUGUCGAAUGGCUACUACUGGAAGGUGUGAAGCUUGAAGCAAGAGUGGGUAAAGGUGAAAGUGCUCUACAAGCAGCUUCAUUAGAAGGACAUCGGAACAUUGUUGAAAUAUUGCUUAGAGCUGGCGCCGAUGUCAACACUCCGGGUGGUGAAUAUGGCAAUGCUCUACAGGCUGCUGCAUAUGAGGGAAAUAGUGAGAUCGUGCAGAUACUCCUCGACGCUGGCGCCAAUAUCAACGCUCCGGGUGGUGAAUAUGGCAAUGCUCUACAGGCUGCUGCAUAUGAGGGAAAUAGUGAGAUCGUGCAGAUACUCCUCGAAGCUGGCGCCAAUAUCAACGCUCCGGGUGGUGAAUAUGGCAAUGCUCUACAGGCUGCUGCAUAUGAGGGAAAUAGUGAGAUCGUGCAGAUACUCCUCGAUGCUGGCGCCAAUAUCAACGCUCAGGGUGGUGAAUAUGACAAUGCUCUCCAGGCUGCUACACAUAGAGGAAAUCGUGAGAUCGUGCAGAUACUCCUCGAUGCUGGCGCCAAUAUCAACGCUCAGGGUGGUGAAUAUGGCAAUGCUCUACAGGCUGCUACACAUAGAGGAAAUAGUGAGAUCGUGCAGAUACUCCUCGAUGCUGGCGCCAAUAUCAACGCUCAGGGUGGUAAAUAUGGCAAUGCUCUCCAGGCUGCUGCAUAUAGAGGAAACAGUGAGAUCGUGCAGAUACUCCUCGACGCUGGCGCCAAUAUCAACGCUCCGGGUGGUGAACAUGGCAAUGCUCUACAGGCUGCUGCAUAUGAGGGAAAUAGUGAGAUCGUGCAGAUACUCCUCGACGCUGGCGCCAAUAUCAACGCUCCGGGUGGUAAAUAUGGCAAUACUCUACAGGCUGCUGCAUAUAGAGGAGAAAGUGAGAUCGUGCAGAUACUCCUCGAAGCUGGCGCCAAUAUCAACGCUCAGGAUGGUAGAUAUGGCAAUGCUCUCCAGGCUGCUGCAUAUGUGGAGAAUAGUGAGAUCACGCAGAUACUCCUCGACGCUGGCGCCAAUAUCAACGCUCAGGGUGGUGAAUUUGGCAAUGCUCUACAGGCUGCUGCAUAUAGAGGAAAUAGUGAGAUCGUGCAGAUACUCCUCGACGCUGGCGCCAAUAUCAACGCUCCGGAUGGUGAAUUUGGCAAUGCUCUCCAGGCUGCUGCAUAUAGAGGAAAUAGUGAGAUCGUGCAGAUACUCCUCGACGCUGGCGCCAAUAUCAACGCUCAGGGUGGUAAAUAUGACAAUGCUCUACAGGUUGCUACACAUAGAGGAAAUAGUGAGAUCGUGCAGAUACUCCUCGAUGCUGGCGCCAAUAUCAACGCUCAGGGUGGUGAAUAUGGCAAUGCUCUCCAGGCUGCUGCAUAUAGAGGAAAUAGUGAGAUCGUGCAGAUACUCCUCGACGCUGGCGCCAAUAUCAACGCUCCGGGUGGUGAAUAUGGCAAUGCUCUCCAGGCUGCUGCAUAUAGAGGAAAUAGUGAGAUUGUGCAGAUACUCCUCGACGCUGGCGCCAAUGUCAACGCUCAGGGUGGUAGAUACGGAUCAUCUCUCUUAGCAGCUGUUUAUCAGGAUGGGUCUGACCAAGUUCGGAUGCUUCUCCACGCUGGCGCAAAUGCGUUGCUUACAGAUGAACUUGACCGGACUCCUCUCCAUAUUGCCGCCUCAAAAAAUAGGUUGGAGCUUCUUCACCGGUUCCCGGAGCUCCUCUCCCCUAUCAAUAACCGCGAUAAGCUUUUACAAACUCCUAUUCAUCUAGCGAUUUAUCUCGACCAUAUCGAAUUUGCCACAAAUCUCCUCCAUUCUGGUGCCGAUCCUUCUCUUCUGGAUGGUUAUGGCAGAAAUACCCUGAACUGGGUAGUCGGAAAUGAAAGCCUAGUGCACCAAAUCCAAAGCCACUGCCCAUCCAUUGUUGCGACACCUGAUGAUACUCAUGAGUUCGCUGUUCGUCAAUCCAUUCUUCAAAUAUCAGACACGCUUCUUCAAUCUCGAUUGCACUUUCCAUUGCCACUUUUGCAGCAAUUAGGUCGCUAUCUAUUGUUCAUCGGCGACGAAGACAAUGCCCAAUGUCUAUUUCAACUGCAUUCAUCUCAGAAGUUUUCCUUUGGCACCUCAAGAUACAUGACUACGUGCGACCUUUGUUCAUUGGUUAUUCAAGGCUCUCGAUUUGUGUGUAGAAUCUGCGCCUAUAUGGAUUUCUGUUCGUCCUGCGUGCAGAAGUAUCCCUUCCACAGUCAAUUACACCCAAAUAAAAAGGAUGAGACCUUUCAAGUGGCACAAGUGCUUGAUCCGAAGUCCCUACUCACUGAUUCAAGGUCAGAGAAGUUGAGAAGACUCGUUGAUGAGCUUUCUGCGCCCAAUACCUCUGGAAGUGGGAAGGACCCAUCACCUGAUACCAUGGUUUAUCUGCCGUCUAAAGUUACGGCACCCAAUAUGAUAGCUGGAUUUCCAAUGGCUCUUCUGGACCCAACCUCAAUGUUCUGUAUUCUUUUGGUUGGGCUUCUCGCAGUUUUUUUUACCUACUGGUAUACCUUGAUCUGA